GUAUUCCUUCAAUCCGAACUUCCAUCUCUACCUUCUCUCCCAUUAAAGAUUACAUGUAGUUACAAUGGCGCAAAAACUGCCUCCACUUAGAUUUGUUAGAUCGGUCCUAAAAUCGUUCAUGGCCGAAUCUGGCCUGGAGCCGAGACUCCUAGGACCUCACUUUAGAGUUACCAAUGCUGCCGCUGGUAAGGUGGACUUCGAGCUGGAUAUCACCAAGGAUCAUACAAAUCGGUUGAAGAUCAUACACGGUGGUACAAUUGCUAGCAUGGUUGACUUAGGAGGUUCACUUGCCGUUGCAUCAAUGGGCCUUUACGCUACUGGUGUAUCAACAGAUCUAAAUGUUACAUACCUGAGCGGCGGCGGCAAGGUUGGCGACAAGAUUAGUGCUACAGCAAUUUGUGACAAGAUGGGCAAGACACUAGCAUACACUUCUGUCACUUUCAAGAAUGCGAAAGGUGAACUUGCAGCAAGGGGAAGUCAUACGAAAUAUGUAACGCAAGCUUGGAAAGCACAGGAUACCCCUUUCACAGCUCCCGAAGGAGCAGAAAUCGAAGAGGACAAGUAAAUGUUAGGGUGAUCCAAAUAUGGGCUGUAUUGCUAUGGUGGUGGCAUCAUGGUUACAUAUUCCUAGUCACAUCCAUGACAAGAAUGGCAUGAAAAUCAUUUGCAUUUUUUUUAUUUUUGCUGAAAAUAAAAUCAUCGCAGUCAUAGAAGUCUAGGGGCCCAUUGUCAAAAUGGGGAUAAGGCAAUAUAUUGAGUAGCUAUAAUCUUUUUAGGAUCUGCUUGCCCCAUCUUCCUCCCUCAAGUCCCUUCGGGAGAAGCUACUCCUUUUAUGCUGCCUGACGGCAGUGCAUGAUAUUCAGUACAUAUUCAGUAC